AUGAAUGAAACAGGAAUCAUACAAUCUAAAAAAUUAGGUGAAUUUUUUAAAAAUAUACCAAUUGAUUAUUUUAUAUCAUCAGAUUUGAUUAGAUGUAAACAAACUUUGGAGGAAGUUUUAAAAUAUCAAGACUAUGAUCCUAGCAAAAUAAGGUAUACCCCUAAUCUAAGAGAAAGAGAAAUGGGACCAGUUCAAAAUAUGUUCUUAACAGAAGCAUUAGAAAAAUAUGGUAAAAAUUUUAGAAAUUUAGGUGAAAAAGAAGAAGAACUUUGCGCUAGAGUUAAUUUAGAAUUUCAAGAGCUAUUGGAUUCAGAUUAUAAUAAUAUUAUAAUGUGUACUCAUGGUGGUGUUAUAACAAGAUUUAUAAAUUAUUUACACCUGGAUUUAGGUUAUGAAUUAAGUAGUGAAUUAACUCCAAAUGAUUUAAAAGUUCCAUUUAAUACAUCAAUUUCAAUCAUUGAAUUCGAUAAAAUUGGUAAGAAGGGAGUGAUACAACUGUUUGGUAAAACUGAUCAUCUUGGUGGUAAAUUUGAAGUUAAAGAUCAAUUAUUGAGGUAA